GUGCCCGCGUGUAAACGUGCGUUCAAGGUAAGGUUGUAGUAGAGACGUUCGAGAUCGGGACCAGGUGACACGUAUCGGUCGUAGUAGUCAGGUCUUACAUUUAGCUCUUUUAAUCCCGAUCGCGUGACACGCAACGUCAGUGAAAGUGAACGUCUCGUCUUCAUCAGUCGUCGAUUUUACGCGCGGUGCAGUAAUUUCUUCUUCCCGUGCGAGCGCAAAUCGAGUGCUGUGCCGGUUCGCGCGUAGAUUUACCCGGCGUUUGUGUGGGUUCGUGUGUGUAACUGUGUGCGUGCCGGAACAGCGUUGAGUGCGUGUGGUGCCCGUCCUUCUUUGCAGAACGGCAUGACGAUGGAGCAUGAAAACGAUACAAAGGUCAGACUAAGGAGGACGAAAAGUGUCACCAGGGCCGAGGAGAUCCAGAAGGCCGAGAUGCUGGCGCGCAAAUCGCAGCCCGACAAACCAUGUCAUCGGCCACGAGAUAGUCUGUUCUCGUGGAGCUCGGGUUUCGACAACUUCACGGGAUUCGUCAACUGGGGCUUCCUGUUGUUGGGCAUCGGUGGAAUCCGAUUGCUGCUCGAAAAUUUCAUAAAGUACGGGAUAAGAGUGGAUCCACGGCAAUGGGUUCUGUUUGUCGGAGGCAAGUACGUGGAGGGCGAGGAGCAUCCGUCGAUUCUACUCAUCAUCUAUGCCACGGUGCCUGUGGGCCUCUGCCUGCUGAUCGAGAAGGGGCUGUCCGUAGAUAUCAUAGCUCACGAGCCAGGAAUGGUGUUCCACGUCGUAAACCUCAUCGUGAUGGUACUGAUGCCGAUGGUGGUCAUCCACGUGAAGGAUUCCGGAUUCAGUCUGUUUGUUCCAGUCGGUGCCAUGUACGUGUGCAUGCUGUACGCCAUCCUGUUCCUGAAGCUAUGGUCGUACGUGCAAGUGAACAUGUGGUGUCGGUUGAGCAAUCGAAGAAAGUCAACGAGCCAGGGCAGAAUACGACGGCAAUCCUUGUCGUACAAUAACCUACAAGCUUCCAACGUAAAGCAGAACAGCGUGGAGGUCGACGACUCCACCGAGGCAGACGGGCUUGGCACGGCCUUGGUGCAAUAUCCGGAUAACUUAAACCUUCGUGAUCUUUACUACUUCAUCCUGGCGCCGACCCUCUGCUACGAACUGAAUUUUCCUAGGACGCAAAGAAUUCGGAAAAGAUUCCUGAUCAAACGAAUCGUGGAGGUGGUAGUCGGCUGCCAAGUGGUCAUGUCGCUGUUCCAACAAUGGAUGGUCCCGUCCGUGAAGAACUCGCUGGUACCAUUUAGCAACAUGGACGUAGCGAAGGCCUCGGAGCGUAUGCUGAAAUUGGCCAUACCAAAUCAUCUCGUCUGGUUAUGUUUCUUCUACUUGUUAUUCCAUUCGUUCCUAAAUCUGUUGGGUGAACUGUUGCAUUUUGCCGAUCGGAAUUUCUACUGCGACUGGUGGAACGCAGACAACAUCGAUACUUUCUGGAGGACGUGGAACAUGCCCGUGCAUCGGUGGGCCGUGCGACACUUGUAUAUUCCCAUCAUAGAAAUGGGAUACAGGAAGUCGACCGCAUCUAUCACCGUAUUCUUCAUCAGCGCAUUCUUCCAUGAGUACCUCGUCAGCGUGCCAUUGAGGACGUUCAAAACAUGGGCGUUCAUGGGAAUGAUGGGUCAGAUACCAUUAUCAAUGUUAAGUAAGAAAGUGGAGAAGCACUGGGGCGCCAGAUGUGGCAAUAUCACGGUGUGGGCGAGUCUCAUUAUUGGACAACCUCUCUGCAUAAUGAUGUAUUAUCACGAUUACGUGAUAACUCACUUCGGCGAGAUACUGGUCGAGGAUUACUCCGUGAUAUAGGGUUGGGUCCGUGAGGAAUUGAACACGGCCGAUAAUAAGAGAUAUUGGAAAGAAGAAUUUCUCUCGGUGAAGAGAGCACGCUCAUCAAUGUUCUAUCAAUCGUAUUUUUUCCCCUUACUUACGCUACGCAAACUUUAACCUCAAGCCGUACUCAUUUACUAUUUUUUCAACGUCGUUUUUUUAAUCAUACUCGUCGGACAUUAUUUCAUUCUCUUGAGAGUGAGAGUGACAACGUGUUCGCGUUCUUAAAACGGAACUUUGUAUCGCGAUCUCGUCUGGAUGGACAAUUCACGUUAUAAUAGUACAAUUAGGAACUUGCGACGAGACGAAGAACACGAUACCGAUCUUUCAUCCGUUCAAACGUGAUACUCGUGGAAUUGUUGUUAAGCCGUUGAAAUAUUUACUCGAUUAACCAUUUUUAUGCAUAUUCUAGCCUGUAAGAUUGUUAUUACAUCUUUGAUACAAACGUUUUAAAGAUACUCGUACCUUUUAUAUUCUACGCACGUCGUCACGUCUUCUUCGUUAAACGCUGAACGCAGUUCGAUAGAGAUUAAAAAAUAUUUUGAAAUAGUCGAGUCUCGGAGAUUACAAAGCAUCAGGCAUUAUAAGGAUGUAUAGGCUAUACACUUAAACAAUGCUAG